UUGUUGUGCAUCCAGCAAGCAUCUAAUAUUUAUUUAAAGUUAAUUAUAAUAAAAAUAAUGCCGAAAGUACGUCGCAGUCGUAAACCUCAGCUAAUAAAAGAGGAGAUAUUUGAAGUGACACUGGAGGAACCGACCUAUAUUACUGAUGAUGGCGCCCACUGGUCGUUAGUCCAUUCGCUGGAUUCCUUAGACAAGAGAAUGACGAUAAUGUCAGAACAAUUCCAUUCAUUAAUGGAGGAUUUCGCUAAGCAGAAAGUGCUUAUAAGACAAAUUCUGCAAAAGCCUGUAGUCACAGACACGGACCUCGAAAAUAAAUUCCCUAUUACGUCAAAGAAAGCUUUGAUUCAAAUCAAUAACGACAUUGAGCAACAGGAUAGAAACUGCUAUAUAGAAGUGAUCAGUCAGAUACUGCAAAAGAAAGGGAAAGGAGUGCGAAAGAAUUUAAAAUAUAUUAUUGCUGACCACGUCACUACGCAAUAUAAUAUAGAAGGGGUAUCUGGCAAGGAAUCACUUAAAAGUCUUGAGCAUUUCUAUAGUGCAUUGAUCGAGUCGAUUGAAACUGAAGGAGCUGGAUCACCGGAGGAAAAGCUCCGUUAUGCAAUUCUGCUUCAAAAAAGUCGGGUUAAAAAAUUAAAUAGCGUAAAUAAACAAAAAGCACGCGAAAUUAUAGAAGACUGGAGAGCAAAGAGGGAAAGUUAAACCCGAAAUAUACAAAUUUAUAUUAUCUAAUUAUCAUUAAGAUUGUAAAAUAUAAGUCAUUUAAAUAACAUAAAUGUAUUGAAGACUCGUCAAAAUAUAAUUUCCUACUAUUGUAUCCUAGAGUAUCCCUCUUGACUCUGGCUGCGACACCCAUGUAUAUAUAUUCCUAAGUAAAUUUAAUAUGUAUCUGACACCGAUGCCCAAGCAUGUCAAUUAAUUAUACAUGCGAAUGCAGUUGCGGGUCAUCUAUAAGGAAAAAGCUAAGCAACUUAGCCGGUAAAUAGUGAUAAAUUUGCUGCCAACCUUCAAUUUAAGCCUGCUUCCAGAACAAAUAGUCAAAGCAAAAAUGGAAAAGCCCACAACAAGCGGCCAAAAAUGACGAGCAAAACAAAACAAAAAGUCUCUCUUACGCACGCUCGCUCUCUCACAGUGUUGAACUCAAUUUCAACACGGCUUUGGCUGUGGUGAAGUUGAAUUUCCAUCUGCUGUUUUUCUAGUCUCAAAGGCACCAAAGGACAUUACGAAAUUCAGUUCAACGCAGAACUUUGUACCAGUCGCUUAAACUAAAUUGGCAAACAAAACAAAAAAAGUAA